GUAGUUUUGACAGUGCCGCCAUUGUUUUUGUCCGGAUUUUCUUCACUCACCCAGAUUUUUACUGAAAAAAUACAAUUAAAUAGAGAAAUAUGGUGAUUUUUGGUGUCUAAUUAUCUCAGUGGUGCUUCCGGUUAUUCAUUUAGGUGAAAAAUAACUCAAAUAUUCCGUUACAAUGGCCUCAAUGCAGAGGGCUUUUGCCCAGAAACUUUCCAAAUAUCAUGCUUCAGAUGUGAGGAAGAACGUAGCCACGCAGCAAAUUUCCAAUAAAAGCGACACAAGCUCAGUAUGCUCGUCUUCGGUAAAUAUCUCAAUAAAUGAUUUGGUGGAGCCAAUAGAUUACGAGGACUUCCUAAUGCAACACUUUACACUGCUGUGCAGAGAUCCUCUGCGUGGAAUCCUGGAUUUCCCACCGCAGGAUCUCAAGAUCAAGAUAAUCGAACGGAAGUUGAGGACGCUGGAGCAUAUUGUGCCCAAAGAGCCGAUUGAGACUCUGCCACUCUAUGUGCAACAGUGCGUGGAUUGCUUCACGAGACCGUGGAAGGUGGUAGAAUUUGCCCAUCGACACUUCUCAAGUUCCUGCUGUGUCCGUGAGCGCCUGGACAAGGGAGCUUUGAGUCCAAUGUCACAACAGGAAUUUGAGAUUGACAAGGAUUUCGUCUCAUUUGACGACACACUAACUUACCGGAGCGAUAGCUGUACUCCAAGUAGUCGCCAGUCUAUCGCGAGUCUCUCUUCUGUGUCCACUUGUACAGACACUUUGACGCCCAGGAGUUCCUGGGCGAGCUUCGAUCUUAGGAGCUCGGUCAAUGAUCCCCUGAUUCCGGGUCUUCUGGACCGUAUAGCUCCAGAAACCAUUGAUCAGGCCAAUGAGAAUCGACGGAGUGAUGAACGACACGAUGCUCUGUUCAGCCUCUAUCCGGAUUCUGACACUGAAGACGCCGUUGAACGUCGUUUGCCGGCUGAGAUGCCAAUUGAGCAUUUGGGCAAUCGAUUUAUGGUGAAAUGUCUUCAGUUGAAGCUGGAACUUGAAGUUGAGCCAAUAUUCGCUUCAAUGGCCAUUUAUGAUGCCAAAGAGAAGAAGAAAUUGUCGGAAAACUUCUACUUUGACAUGAAUUCGGAAUCUCUGAAACGAAUGCUGGCCUCUCAUGUGCCCUACAGUGAUAUCAGUUCUCAGAGUCGAACUGCUAUCUUCGAAGUGACAAAUCCCAGCAAUGAUCUUUUCCUGGUCAUUCGCCUGGAGAAAGUCCUUCAGGGAGAUAUUAAGGAUUCAGUGGAGCCGUAUUUGAAGGAGGACAAGGAUAAGUAUCGGGACAAAGCAAAGUCAAAUGCUGCUGAUUUUUGUGAGAGACUUGGAAAGUAUCGAAUGCCUUUUGCCUGGACAGGAAUCUACUUGACGAAUAUCUUCAAUGGCGAAAAUGGUGAAAAGGAUGAGAGGGAUGGAAUGACAACAGCUUCAAGCUCAAACAGUCUCGAUAGGAAAUCUUCUACGAGUAGUUUUGAUCAAUUGAGGAAGAGAGCCAGUGAUAUGGGAACUCUGACAAGGAGAGGAUCACUGGAGAGGCGUCAGGAGAAGAGAAGAUCUUGGUCACCAGAUGACUUUGCAAAUAGUAUUGAGACUUUCCGACCAAUUGCCAUCACAGUGUCGAGUUUUUUCAAACAGGAAGGUGAUAAGAUGAAAGAUGAGGAUCUCUUUAAAUUUCUGCCAGAACUCAAGAGGCCAGGAGCAGUCACAAAGAAGUACAAAUGCAUUCCUGGCUCUAUCAAAUUGGAAAUUUCUCCAUGUCCGGACGAAGUGAAGUGUGCUCUAACGCCAGAACUGGCCAAAUUGGAUCCCUAUCCAGAUGAAAAAACCCGUCCCGUUAAAGAAAUCCUGGAAUUCCCUGCACUUCCCAUCAUGCAGCCUCAUUAUUUCUACCGGAAUUUGCUCUUUAUCAAUGCAAAGGAACUCAAUUUUGCCGCUAGAGCCGGAUCUGCCCGUAAUAUUGCUGUCAGGGUGCAGUUGAUGGCUGGAGAGAAGCAAUCGGAUGCUGUUAUGGCUAUUUUUGCCAAGAGCUCUUGUCCAGAAUUCACGUCAGAAGCCUACACUGCUGUUAACUACCACAAUAAAUGCCCUUCAUUCUACGAUGAGAUCAAAAUGGUCCUGCCGGCAAAUCUCAAGCAGAACCAUCAUCUAUUCUUCACGGUUUAUCAUGUUUCCUGCCAGAAAAAGCCCCAGGAGAUCCAGACAACUGUAGAGAGUCCAAUUGGAUACACUUGGAUACCCAUUUUGCAGGACGGGAAGCUCAAUGUGGGAGAGUUCAAUUUGCCAGUGAUGGUGGAAGAGCCUCCGGAGAACUAUUCUUUCAUCCCGCCGGAUGUGCAGCUGCCGGGAACUAAAUGGUUGGACAACCAUCGUCCAGUUUUUUCACUCACCAUCGAUGCUGUUACCUCGGUUCAUACGCUGAACCCUUUUUUGGAUAAAUUCAUCACUCUGUGUGAGUAUUUAGAAACGAGAAAAGUUCCACCGCGAAUUGGUGAGGGAAAUAUGGAGAAGGAGAUGAAGAAGGCUCUUUUAGAUAUUCAGCAGUCAGAUAUUGAGCCUCUGGUGAAACAUUUGCCUGUAAUAAUGGAUAAACUUUUGGAGUUACUCGUGACAACGUACAAAGUUAGUGGACAGGUUCUUUCACUUGCUCCAACUGUCUUUGAGACCCUCAUUUCCAUAUCACAGAAACUCACGGUUCUUCAGGAUGAAGUUUCUCUUGACACAUUCGGUCGUCAUCCCCUUUUGAGCACUUACAUUCAAUAUCAGGCUUUUAUUCCUCAUCCAAUGAAUUCUAAGAUGAGAAUGACAUCGAGUAGGAGUGGGGAGGGUUUUAAUAAGAGCAGCAGUAUUCCUGAUUUACAUGUUCCCACUGAAUUGUCCAGUCGUAGUUUGGACAGAUCUCUUCUGGCUAAGAAUGAAUCCAAGGAUAUUUCUCCAUCGGAUGUCACGGGACGCGAUGGUCAAGUGAGAAUUCUGCAUGAAGAAUUGGCUUUCCGAUGGGUUGUAUCCAGUGGAAGUGCUUCAGAUUUGGCUAUGAAUAAUUCCUGGAUGUUGUUUGAGUUGAUGGUGAAGUGCAUGAUUGAACAUUUGGAUAUUAUGAAUCUGAUGGACUCUCCAAGGAAGAAUCGUUUUCCGCAUCAAUUCACUGAUGAUCUCUCAACUCUUGUACAUCUGGUCACGACAAAAGUUAUUGGGUUCCAUUGCAGCGAAUCCAAAUUUGCCCAAGCUCUCAAUUCUAGUGUGGCUUUCUUCAUCUUCGAUCUGCUCAAUAUUAUGGACAGGGGAUUUGUUUUUGGUUUGAUUAAAACCUACUACAAAGUUAUGACUUCAAAGCUGACUUCCACACCAGAUUUAAUUCACUACAAAUUGGACUUUUUGCGGAUUGUAUGCAGUCAUGAGCACUUUGUGGCUCUGAAUUUACCCUUUGCAACUCCUUACACAACUCUUUCGGCUCCGGCAAGCCCUACACCGAGUAUCACAUCCAAUAAUAGCCAGAAUUCUUACGUCAGUGCUGUGGCUGGUUUGGAUAAAACUCUGUACGCUGAACUGAGUCACGAUUUCCGACAGCAACAUUUCCUGGUUGGCCUUGUUCUGGCUGAAUUGGCAGCAGUUCUUGAAAUAUCUAAUCCAUCGCUACAUGGAAAAGCUAUAAGAUGUAUCAGAAACUUGAUGACCUGCCACGAUCUCGAUACGCGAUAUUCUGAACCGAGCGCUAAAGCUCGAGUGGCUGCUCUCUAUUUGCCCCUUUUGGGCAUCGUUAUGGAUACAAUUCCUCAACUCCAUCAGUUUCUGCCCGAGAGUCACGAUCGCUUGCAAAAUAUUGGAAUACUUGACGACUAUCAGGGUCCACAUGGGAAUAUCAAUUCCCGAGCCACAAUUCAUCCUGAAGUGGCCUAUGCAAUUUCCGGUAGUCGCAUGUACUCCUUCUCGCCGGAUCCAAUUAAGAACAAGUCACCGCUGAGCAUUGAGAACACCAGACACUUGCUCUCGUGCUUUUUGUGGGUACUGAAAAAUCUCGAGCGAGAUGUUUUGUUUAUUUGGACGCUGGGUUUGGCUCCACAUCGAUUGCAUCAGGUGCUUCAGGUGCUGAAUACUUGUCUGCCGUGCUUUGAGUACAAGGGGCAUCGAAGGCAACCGGUUAAGAGGAAUACUCAGAGUUUCCGGAAGACGCCUGAUAUCAAAGAGAGACUCGAGGAGUGUAUAAGGGGAACAGGAUCGGCAAGAAGUGAUUUUAUGAAUAGGCGCAAGGAUCGAAAUUCCACAGAGAUUUUCCGCUGGAGAAAGGAUCAAAUGCCCUAUAGAUCGCAAUUUUAUGACAUUUCCACGAAGAAUGAUUGUGAAUUGGAGGUGAAUUAUUCCAUUGAAGGAUCUCUGGCCACAGAAGUUUGUCUCAUAGUCUUGGAUACGCUUGAACUUAUUGUUCAAGUUGCAACAUCUUCGGAGAUUCAUCACAAUCUUCUGGGAGUUGUACUUAAGGUUCUCCUACAUUCACUCUCACGCAAUCAGAGCACUUUAGCUCUGCAGAAUCUCUUCGCUUCACAGCGAUCUCUCAUCUUUAAAUUUCACAAUUUGCUUUUUGAUGAAGAAACUGACAGCUGUGCUGAUCUGUGUCUUCUUCUGCUCAAGCACUGUGGCUCCCAAUUGCCCAAUGUUCGUUCCCAAGCUGCAGCUUCUCUCUACUUGCUAAUGAGGCAAAAUUUUGAGAUAGGAAAUAAUUUUGCUCGAGUGAAAAUGCAAGUUACAAUGUCACUGAGUUCUUUAGUGGGAACAAGUUCGGCUUUCAGUGAACAAUCCCUAAGGAGGGCUCUCAAGACAAUUCUCGUGUACGCUGAAUCUGAUACAGAGUUGCAAGAGACUUCAUUCCCGGAACAGGUACAAGACCUGCUGUUCAAUCUGCACAUGAUCCUCUCUGAUACAGUGAAGAUGAAGGAGUAUCAGGAAGAUCCAGAAAUGUUGUUAGAUCUGAUGCAUCGCAUUGCCAAAGGAUAUCAAAAUUCUCCGGAUUUGCGACUUACUUGGCUGGAAAAUAUGGCCAAGAAGCAUAUGGAGAGAGCCAAUCACACCGAAGCUGCCAUGUGCUAUGUGCACAGUGCAGCUCUUGUGGCUGAGUAUCUCAGUAUGCUGGAAAGUCAGAAGCACUUGCCAGUUGGAGCUGUAUCAUUCAAGCACAUUUCACCCAAUACCCUCAUGGAAUCAGCCGUUUCGGAUGAUGUCCUCAAUCCGGGAGAGGAUGGUAUUUGUCUGGGGAACAGAUUUACAGAAAUUGGACUUAAGGGUUUGCUCGAAGAGGCGGCAAAUUCCUUCCAAAUUGCCGGAAUGUACGAGGCAAUGAAUGAUGUAUACAAGGUGCUAAUUCCCAUUUGUGAGAACAAUUGUGACUUCCAGAAACUUGGAAAGAUUCAUGGGAAGUUGCAGGAAGCUUUCAAUCGAAUUGCCCAGUUGCAUGGGAAGAGAGUGUUUGGGACCUACUUUAGGGUGGGAUUCUAUGGAGCGAAAUUUGGAGAUUUGGAUCAACAGGAAUUUAUCUAUAAAGAACCAACUUUGACCAAAUUGCCAGAGAUUUUUAGUCGUUUGCAGAAUUUCUACUCUGAUCGCUUUGGGCCGGAUUGUGUGGAAAUUAUCAAGGAUUCCAACAAUGUGGAUAUUAAUAUGUUGGAUCCGGAGAAGGCCUACAUUCAAAUAACCUACGUUGAGCCUUAUUUUGAAACCUACGAGCUUCGUCAUCGAGAGACACAUUUCGAGAGGAAUUUCAACAUAAAGAGAUUCAUCUUUGCGACGCCUUUUACCAAGACUGGCAAAGCCCAUGGCGAUUUGCACGAGCAGUGUAAGAGGAAGACAAUCCUCUCCACUGCCAAUCACUUCCCUUACGUUAAGACGCGCAUUCAGGUGGUCAGCCGGGCUCAGAUAGUUCUGGAACCAAUUGAAGUGGCCAUUGAGGAUAUUCAGAAGAAGACUGUUGAAUUGGCAGCAGCAACAAAUCAAGAACCGGCCGAUCCCAAGAUCCUUCAAAUGGUUCUGCAGGGCUGCAUUGGGACAACUGUCAAUCAAGGUCCAAUGGAGAUGGCUCUGGUGUUCCUAUCAGGACUUUCUGAUGGUUCAACGGUGCCGUCGAAGCAUCAGAACAAAUUGAGGCUGUGCUUCAAGGAUUUCUCCAAGAAGUGUCACGAUGCCCUGAAGAAGAACAAGAAUCUCAUUUUGCCUGACCAGAAGGACUAUCAAAAGGAGUUGGAGAGAAAUUAUCAGAGAUUCACGGAGAGAUUAGCUCCACUCAUUACAAUUAGUCCAACUCAAGCGGCUGGAGUUAUCAACUCGGGAAAUUUUGGAAAAUCAACUCCUCUGAGAUGGUAAAUUUCUUCUAUCUCAACAAUAUUUUCUACGUUCAACAAUCUGGAGCAAUAUUUUUGUAUUUUAUCCCAGUUUUUUUUAUUAGUUCCAUAAAUUGUUUUUUUUUCGUAUUUAAACAACAGUAUUUAUGGAAUAUUAUUUGCUAUUCAUUUUACAAAAUGCUUUAGGUAAGCAGUCCUUAUUAUAAUAAAUAAAAUAAAUAUUUUAUCUACGAGUAUUAAAAAUGUGCUAUGCAACAAAAAUAAAUAAAUAUUCCACUUAGAGUAUCAAUAAAAUCCUAAUAGUGCGUUCAUCAAACUAGAAUUCAAUCUGGAUGGGAUUGACUAGAGUUUGCGUAAAGAUAGUUUCGAUUUUAAAUAUUAAAACUUGCCAAUUUUUAUAUUUUCGUGAAAAAUUCAAAGAAUACAAAUUGAUUACAUAGAUUUUCUGAAAACAAAAUAAAUUUUUAACUCGAAAUAAAAGAAAAAUAAACUUUUCCAGUAAUUUUAAACCAUAUAGGGUAAAUGUCCUAAUUCAAAACCAUAUCCAGACGCUUUAACUUUGACAGAAGAUUCAACACUUUAAAGUUCAUAUUUUUCUGAAGAAAAUUACAUAAAUUUGCUCCUUGACUCUUCUAGAAUGUUACUGUUUAGUGAAAAUUCUUUAAAUAUAAUUUGAAAACUUCUUAAAUACAAGAAAAAUACGCGAGUCUAAAAUGCUUCUAUUGGAAACAAAUUAAUCCAAAUGGAGACAAGGGAAAGUUUCUAAUUGGAGACAAACAGUGGAAGUGAAACCGCGACGAAAGGCUUCCAAAACCAUUUUGAGUUGCUCCUGAGUGCAAGAUUUGUUCUUAUUCCUGGUCUUUUCUCCUUUCCCAUAUAAAAGAAUAAGAAAAUCUAUCCAAAAAAAAAAAUCAUAUUUCCGGGGUUUCCUAUUGAAGCAUUUGCAGACACUUCAGAAAAAACCCUUUUUGUUCACGAAAUAGGUAAUUAUUUCAUUUGAAAACUUCACGUACCGUUAACAAUAAAGAUUAGCACUUAAUUUAACUAAAAUUAGCCAGAAAUAUGACAUAAAUGUUAAAAAAAACAAAUAAACAACAGUCACCUAAUUGUGUUUUUCAUUAGAAUACAUGGUUGAACGCUGAAAAAUUCAAUGGUGAAAAGGUACACUUUUAAUUUUUCUGAGAAAUUAACAAAUUAAAAUUUGUGAAUAUGAAUGGAUCCUCGCUUUAUUUGGAGCAAAAUUAACUAAAUAAUGAAACUGUGGUAUAGAAAAUAUAUAAAUAUAAUAAUUUAGUACUGUAUAUACCAUGAAAAGAAUGAAGUUUCCAUUUGGAGUAGCAAAAAAUUUCCAUUUGAAGCAGGUUUUGAAUUAGCUUAAUUUACUAAUAUUAAUAGUACAUGAGUUUUGAUUUACUCUUAUAUGUUGCAUAGGACAUUAAAAUAAAUUAUUAAAUUGUGUGUAUUGCAAUUCUCUUAAAAAGAAUAAUAGAAAUUUAUUUAAGAAGAAAAUAUGCUAAAUUUAUACCAAAAAAAUAUUCAAUAUUUUAUAAAAAUUUUCAAUUGAACUUUUUGUACUAGUGCUUUUAUCACUCAAAUAUACACAUUCAAAAAAACAAAAA